AAGGAACAGGACAAAAUGGCGGGCUAGAAUUAACCAGGGUGUCUUCAACCAGGUCCGCAUAUCAGCUUUAAAUAUGGGCGAUAUCCAUAGUGAGUACAUCAUAACUCUGCAAUUAUGUCUGGAAGAGGAAAGGGCGGAAAGGGACUCGGCAAAGGAGGCGCUAAGCGCCACCGCAAAGUGCUCCGUGAUAACAUCCAGGGCAUCACCAAGCCCGCCAUCCGCCGUCUGGCUCGCCGCGGCGGAGUGAAGCGUAUCUCCGGUCUGAUCUACGAGGAGACCCGCGGGGUGCUGAAGGUGUUCCUGGAGAACGUGAUCCGCGAUGCCGUCACCUACACCGAGCACGCCAAGAGGAAGACGGUGACCGCCAUGGAUGUGGUGUACGCUCUGAAGAGGCAGGGCCGCACCCUGUACGGCUUCGGGGGAUAAACUCAUCUGACUGAAACACACAAAGGCUCUUUUAAGAGCCACCCA